AGGCCAGGAGGAGACAUCACACAUUCUCAUUGGUGGUGUGCGUGCACAUCUCUACAGCUGUCUGCAUUGUGUGUGUGGAGAGAACACCAGUUUGAGGGGCAAAUAUAAUGAAGACAGGAUUUUGACAUCAAUGAAAACCCCCCAUACUUCCCUGUGGAGAGGCGAGGAGGCAGAAGAAUGCUGCAGGUGUGUCUGAUAGUCAAGGCAUUUCCAUGGAGGCUUUCUGGCUUUUACUGGGCCUCAAAACUGGCACAGUGGAGCAGAAAAUAGGGCCUGAGAAUUUGACUAAGUGCCAGCGUUUAAUAGGACCUGGCUCUGGAUAUAACUGCGCAAACCCAAAGAGGUUUGUUUUGUUUUUUUCUCUAAUUAAAAUGGCUGGCACACAUCCAAAUCCUACUAUGAUGCUCCAGCUCAGCGUUUCAGAAAGUCCAUGAGCGUCUACUGGAGUCAAAAAAACCUACACCGGCUCUUUUUAAAAAAGUGCUGAAUUUCUCCCCUGUGCCUGAGAUUGCAUAAACGGUGGUUUGUUAAAAGGAAGGGUAUCAGUCAGCACUUUGUACCUGAGAAUCGGCAGCCAGGGGUCUGGCUGGGAAUCGUAGACAGAGCCAAUUCCAUUAGGAAAAGAAAAUGCUCCAAAGAGCCUGCAUUCCGGACUUGAAAACAGACCUGGAGCUGCGUCAGCUGAUCGUCUUUCAAAUCACCGGCGAGAGUUCGAUUUACAAGACAUGAACCCUCCAAGAAAUGAGUCUCCUGGGCAUGCUGUAGGGACUUAAAUAAGAGGAGCGCUAAAACAGCGAGACACAGGAUACAUUUAACCCACUGGAAUAGAUACCAUGCAAGUCUCCCACUGACGGAAAAACUGAAAGUGGAAUUUUUUUUUUUUUUUUACAGUAUCGGUGUUUAGUUUUUUUAAAACAUUUUUCUUUUUUUAAAGUGUGCGUAAGGAUCUAGCUCUGUAUUCCAUUGUUAAAUAUUACUUUUUAUUUUUUUUUACUUUUCAUUUAAGAAAGACUUUGGAUAUAGACAACCAGGCACCCAGCAGAUUGCAGCAAUACGGUGGCUUUAUGUCCGGCUUCAGUGCCCAGAGUUUCAGUAAAGCAGGGCACUGGCAGCCAGGUAGAGAAUGGCUAAGCUAUUGCUCAAACUACAACGCUACUUCCGAAGGAAGCCUGUGCGGUUCUUUUCCUUCAUCAUCUUGUACCUGACGGCUGGGAGUCUUGCAUUCCUGCAUUCCAGCUUCGCUGGGGAAUCUACGGAGACCAGUAAGGAACCAGUAGCUGUUGAAACUAUAAACGGAGCUCUGGUCACUCAGAACCCGGGCCUGAUCGGCAGGGUCUUCAAGGAAACCCCCAAACCGUCGAGGCGCUACGGGCCGCCCUGGCUGAAACCCGCCUCCAAGGAUCCGUCAGAGAAGGACAGAGCGGGCAGCUGGAGCCGUGCCCUCAAAGGGAGGAGCACCAGGGACCAGGAAGAAAGCAGGGCCAAAUACAUCGGCUGUUACACUGACAACACCCAGCAGAGAGCUCUGAGAGGAUCGUCCUUUUUCGACUACAAAAAGAUGACUGUGUUCCGUUGCCAAGACAACUGUGCAGAAAGGGGCUAUAUGUAUGCAGGUCUGGAAUUUGGAGCAGAGUGUUACUGCGGACACAGGAUCCAAGCCCCCAACGCCAGCGAGUCGGACUGCAACAUGGAGUGCAAGGGGGAAAAGAAUAAUAUGUGCGGAGGGACAAACCGGCUCACCAUCUUCAGACUGGAGCUGAGCCAGGAGUCAGCCAGGCGAUAUGGGAGUGCAAUCUUCAAAGGCUGUUUUAGAAAACCAGACAACGUCUCCUUCGCUCUGCCAGUCAGUGCCCUAAUACCGAACAUGACUGUGGACAAGUGUGUGGAUUUCUGCACAGAAAAGGAGUACUCCCUGGCAGUCCUCGCAGGUCAAACCUGCCACUGCGGCUUCCCAACGCUGCGCUUCCCCCUCCAUGAGCGCGAGGACGAGCAGCUCUGUUCACAGCGCUGCAGUGGAGAGGAGUUUGAGAGCUGUGGCAACGAGGACUACUUUGUGGUGUAUCAGACACAGGUGCAAGAUAACCGCUGCAUGGACAGACGUUUCCUGCCCUCUCCCUCGAAGCAGCUCAUUGCACUGGCCAGCUUUCCCGGGGCUGGUAACACAUGGGCUCGGCAUCUCAUUGAGCUGGCCACGGGCUAUUACACAGGGAGCUACUACUUUGACGGCUCCCUCUACAAUAAGGGUUUCAAAGGAGAGAGGGAUCACUGGAGGAGCGGGAGGACGAUCUGCAUUAAGACGCAUGAAAGCGGGAGGAAGGAGAUCGAAUCCUACGACUCGGGGAUCCUGAUGAUCCGUAACCCCUACAAAGCGCUGAUGGCAGAGUUCAAUCGGAAGUACGGGGGUCACAUCGGGUUUGCUUCUCAAGCUCACUGGAAAGGGAAGGAGUGGCCCGAAUUUGUGAAAAACUAUGCGCCGUGGUGGGUGUCUCACACACUGGACUGGCUGAAGUAUGGGAGGAAUGUGAAGGUCAUCCACUUUGAGGACCUCAAGCACCAUCUCUUCAGCCAGAUGAAAAAGAUGGUCUCCUACCUGGGCCUGGAGGUGUCCGAGGACAGGCUGCUGUGUGUCGAAGGGCAGAAGGACGGUAACUUCAAGCGCUCUGGACUUCGCAAGCUGGAGUAUGACCCUUACACCCCCGAGAUGAGGAGGAUGAUAGAUGGCUUCAUCAAGAAGGUGGACGAGGCUUUGAAGAUGAAGAACCAGACUGGUGUCCCAGAGGACUACAUCCCGAGAUGAUAGCGCUCCUCUCAAAACUCUUUUGUUUCAUUUUUCUUUUUAAAGAAAAAAAAAGCAGUUAUGGCUGAUUUCUUUCAGCCAGCUUGUUUUUCUUUCACGUCUACAUGCUCACUUUAAAAACAAAGAUAUAAAUAUAUAAAUACAUUUGUGCUGCUAUUGGCUCAUGUCAAAUUGAACAGGAUCACCACACACUGAAGCUAUAUAUAUAUACUGUGAGGGGAGUAAAAAGCACUACUGUCCUGGGUUAAAAACAACUAAAGUGUUUGUUAAGAAACCCAUCCUACUGAUAUUUUUCUCCACAAGAAUAUUACUUUCUCUUGCACAGUUCAGUAAGGCCAGGCAAAAUAAACUCUAAUAAAAGCAUAAAUACUUCCCCUUUCUAGUAACAGGGCAGGUGGAUGUGAACAACUGGAGAUAUGUUUUGCCUUGCCUUACGUAGAACAGUCGAUUUUUGUUUUGUUUUAAAUUAAGUUCAUUUUAUUGAUUUUGAUGUUCUAUAUACCAAUCUCCCCUAGCAACUGAUGGAUCAGUUAGGAGCCCUGAUCGUCAGCCAUAUUGACUUGCACAGUGCAUGUUAAAUCGAUCGUGCAAUUAUCCAGCAAUUAUAUAUAUUCACCUUCCUAGACUGCUUCCAAAUGGAUGCACAGCCAAUGUUAUAAAGAAAGACAAGAUCUACAUGUAGUUCACAGUUUCCCGGUUAGUUAAAGAACAGGAUGCUGCAGUAGACUUGACCAAGAAGAUUUCAUAUUAUUUAUUUAUUUGUUAUUUAUCACAGAGGUGUCUAACAAUAUUUGCAAAAUAGGAGAGAUUAUCCAAUCUAUUUAAAAACAAAAACAAAAAUUGUAGCACUUGUUUUAUUUUGCUUGAAGACCAAGCACGCUGUUAAAUCAACAGCAGAAGAGCUUUAAAAUAGGGUUAAUGUAAAAGUAGGGAAAGCAUUGAACAUGAUCCAUAGAGCCGUAUAUAAUACUGUGUGCCUCAGCAUUGCUUCCAGCUUACACAGACCAGCAUCUCCCAACCUCCCCGAGUGUGUUACGCAGAUCCAUACUGUACCUUUCAACUUUUUUCCCAGUCGAUGAUGAAAAUCCUGCACUAGUUAUAGCCCUGAACCCUACAGGUCAAUGUGAAACUAAGACUUUAACAAAUGUGGGAGAUGUUACCAAAGGUGUUAUAAUCAGUUUCAGUAAAACCCACGCCUUCAGGCGGGUUAUUGUGCUUAUAAAACAGCUUGUGGUGUAAGGGUAUGGGACUGUGAUUCUCCUGAUUGAAUUGAAAUGAGAUCAGAACAAUUGUGCUAUUUUAACCACUUGGGAUUUGAAUGUCACCAGGCAUGUAUUAGAAUUCAUACAGUAUUAGAAAUCACAUUGCCUGUUGGUCUAGUACCCCUAAUCCCCAAUCACCCCUAAUCCUAGAGCAAGGAAUUCCUAUUGGCAACGUUCAGUGCACUUCAUUCUACAUGCUCACUUUAAAGGUAUCACCUCAUCCCUGCAUAUCUGUAAUACCACACUCAUCUACAGUUAAGAUGCUUUAUUCCAUAGACUCUUGAACAGCAAUCAGAUCUCACAGCUGUGAAGAAAGGAGUGUCAGCCUGAAGCAGAGUGGCUAGAGAGUCACAUGUAUAUUAAGGUGCCGCAGAGCAAUGAAACAUGGCAGGCAGUAUUAGUAGGGUAUGGAAACAGGAGGUUGUGGGGGCAUUGUUUAGUGCAGCUAUGUUCUCAUUCAGCACCAAUGCUACAUGUUCAAAUGAUGCCACACAUCCAGGGUUACAGUUUGUGACAGUUCAGGCUUUUCAACUCACGUCCCAAUGCAUUCUGGUAAGUGUAGUCCUGCUGUGAAAGGUACCUGAGACAGGUAAACCACCCAGCUAUUGUGGCAUUCUGUCUGACCCCCUCAAUUUCUAUGAGUGUGAGAGGACAGAGCACUUACAAAUGAUUUCCAGCCGCACAAAUCAUUAUGGAAGAACUCUACUUCAUAAAUCCUUGAUAUAAAAACCUUAUUAAGCCUGGUCACGCCGUGCCUGUUGUUUUUCUUAGUUACUGAAGCUGGCGCGUUGCAAAGCAUUGCAGACUGUAACACUGAGCUCUUAACAAAAAUAAAGUACAUUAAAGAUUUGGUGCAUUCUGCCUCUCCCAAAAUACAAAAGCCAUAAUAAAAGGCUAUUUCCAUAUAUAUUUUUAUAGUUCGCAGGAAAGUCAAAUUUAUAAUACCAAGAAAAGAAAAAAAAAAGCUCAACUAUUUUUUUUUAAUGAGCUAAACGUUAUGGGCUUGGUAUGGAGUCUCUUCUUUGAAUGUAUUUUGUAUGGAAUCGAUAAAUGAUAUUUUUACCCAAAAAUAAAUACAUUUAAAAAAGGAAGAACUGUAAUGAAAGGAAGAUGUCAACAGGAUAUGAUGAUGUGCAAUCUCUUGGAUGACGUUUCUGGCAUGUUUAACCAAAUUUCCUGGAGAAAAACAUUUAUCUCAAAUCCCCCUUUUUAUAAUGUUAAAAUAUUGCACUUGCCUGAAUUAUCCUCAGGUUGUACCUGUAAUUAAAUGUUUCCUAAUAUUC